CAGCAUUAAUCGAUAGAUUGCUAAAGCUGUUAGCCGUUAACAUGCAGUCACUAGCAGCACGUCAAUUCGAUGUCAGUAGCAAUCAAAAGUAAAAAGGAAGCGAUAAAGUGCAGUAUAUAGUGAAAAUAAAGCGUGAUAAAUAAUAGUUGUAAAAUCGAGCGGCUCUACAAAGCACAAAUGCAGCCAGCUACAGUGAAGCCUGGACAAUGGAUGUUGGCAAUGCACGCGCUCAGAACAACGGGGGAAAACGGAAAAAGCGAGCACAAAUAACACUAGCACAACUUUAGUGAACACCGCCGCAGCACACACCAAACACAGAAACCCAAAUCUGCCACUCAAAACACUUUCCAAUACAAAGAACAAACAUCAAGCAAGGAAAGCAAAAAACACUAAAAGCGUCAAACAAAAAAAAAAAAAAGAAAACAUUGAAAGCGUCAAAAAAAAAGGAAAAACAUAAAAAGCGUCAAAAAAAAAGGAAAAACAUAAAAAGCGUCAAAAAAGAAAAAGAAAAAGAAUCAAAAGGGUAAAAAAAGAAGAAAGAAGAGGAAAAUAACGUCAUCGUAAAUUGUGAAAUCUCCACGGAAAAUUGAAAACCCAAAUAUCAGAACCAGAAACAUAGUCCAAUAACAAGCCAUGUUCAAUUUUCAUAAGCCACGCGUCUACCGCUCUGCGGAUGGAUGUUGCAUUUGCCGGGCCAAGUCGAGCAGCUCGCGGUUCACCGCUUCCCGGAAGUACGAAAAGGAGUCGAUGCAAUGCUUCAAUCUUAAUGAGCCGCGAAAUGGCGAAAUCUGCAACGCCUGCGUCCUUUUGGUCAAGCGCUACAAGCGACUACCCAUAGGUAGUAAGCGUCACUGGGGUCAUGUGGUGGAUGCCCGUGCUGGACCCGGCACCAAGUCCAUGGCCAAACAGAAGAAGCGCGACAACGCAGACGCGAAGAGCAGGGCCGCCAAUGGCAGUGGCAACUCAUUCCUGCCCGAGAAGUUCGCCAAGAUCUUCAAGAAGAACCGCAAGAGUAAGGAGAGAGCGGCGACUGAAGCAGCAGCAAGAUCAUCAUCAAAAUCAACAUCAUCGUUAUCAUCAUCAUUAUCACCAUCAUCAUCAUUAUCAUUAUCAACUAGUACUGUCAAUCGACCUAGCAGCACUUCACCCACCUCGGAUCAUCAGCAGAGCGAUUCGAACGAGAGCUACGAUGAUGAACAUAUGCUGCCGGCAAAUGCACCAUAUCAAACGCGCAAGCGAACAGCGGCUGCCGCACUGGCCACUGCCAACGAAUCGAAGGAGCACAACAACAAACGCUCGAAGUUAACCGGCAGCUACCGACGUCGUCAGCUGGCGCCACAAAAGAAUCGUCGGGCCGUCGACAAUAUCCCCUUCUUCGAGGAAAGUGAUCUCGUUCGCCUGGAGGUCUGUUGCGGUGUGGUCUUCCAGAGCUUAUCCCUCGGCAGCAUUCACUACAUCAUCGAUCCGGAGCUGUACAAACCGUGUGCGAAGCACCAGCGCAUACGCCACCAGCAGAUGCAACUUCAGCUGCAACAGCAGCAGGCGGAGGCGGUAAAUGCAACUCCAACCCCCACGACCAACUCAUCGCCACUCACCACUCAAGUUCAAAGCAAGGUGCCAACGAUUGGGCCACUUAAGAAGCAUCAUUUAUUCUGCAAGCGACAAUCGGGGUCAUUUCCGCAAGGUGAAAUCCAUAGCAUAAGUCCAAUUCCAAUGAGCAAGACUGAAACGAUCGGCCAACCACUGUCGCCGAAGCCACAUUCCACUCUGUCCCUGAUCCUCAAGCCCACCGUCCAUAUGCAACCACAGUCGCAGGCCCAGGGCCAAGUGGUCUCUGUGGGCGCUGCCUCGCCCUCGUCGCUGUCCUCCUUGUCCAACUGCUCCACCUCGUCCUCGGUGGCCACCAAGUUCAACGACAAUUCCUCGGAUUCGGGAUUCGAUGAGCAUGUGCUAGAGCGCAAGUCGGUCAGCCCACCAACGCAGGACGAGUGCAAACUGCGUGGAACCACGGGUGGCAGGGUGCAGCUAAUCCUAGUCAGCGGCCUGCCUCUGGCUGGACAGUCUCAGAAUCUGAUGCUGGCGGGCAACGAGUUUACGGCACGAAUUGUGCAGCAACGAGAAGCCGGAAUCGCAGCCGCAACCGGAGCCGGAGCCGGUGCUCCAUCGAUAGGAGCAACCCCACUCAAAAUCAACGUACUUGGCGGAUCUCAGGGCAACAGCAAUAAAAUGCGUGCUAUAUUCAAUAGCACCAGCAGCAUUCAGCAUGAGAACGGAGUGACCACCAUUGUGCCAGCCUCCUCGUUGGCAGCCAGCAAUCAAACAGCUGCCAUGAACGCAAUUGCGCCCAGCACGGUGACUAUAACGCCGUCAUCGGUGGGCAAAAAGGUAACGGUGCCAAAUCCCAAGAUUAUCCUGCUGAAGCCAGCCAAAUUUGUGGGACCAGCGUCGUCAAACGAGGUGAAUACCGCGACUCUGACUCAGGAGCCACCUGCUCCUCCCCCUCCACAAGCCAAAAUCGUAUAGGCGAUUAAACACGAAAGAGAGAGAGAUAGAUAGGAGAUGUCUAGCGUCUCGCAGGGAAUUUAAUAACCACCCUGUUACGUUUGUUAUACACUAAGCUAUUUAACGGCGCCCGAAAGCCAAGCUCCCUUCCUUAGCCGCGGUCCCAUAUCAUUCAAGAGUAAUAUUUAACAUUUCAAGGAACACCUUAGCCUAAACGUUACUUUAGCCUAGACUAGGACACUGAACUACAGAAUGGGCGAAUGAGUCCACGCAAAACACACUCCCAAAUACACACACACAGAACCACACAAAUUGUAACCAUUAUUUUGUGUCCAACUACAGGCCACUGGGACCCUUCAAAACAGAAUUCGCUCAUUCUUCUGAGUCCACGCAAAACACACCCACUCACACAGAACCUUACAAAUUGUAUCCAUUAUUGUAGUGUUAAUAGUUGAAUGAGGCGCCCUGGUAGCCUGUAGUUUGACUCCAACAAGCUCGCUCCUUCCGCUUCACCGGCGCUGGAGUUUCUUAACCGCCGGAAGCUACUUCCGCCGGCUUCGAUGCUCCGGCUUCGGUCGAGCAGAAGGGAGGGACUUGUUGGAGUCCAACUACAGGACGCUGGGGCCCUUGAGAACAGAAUGAGCGAAUGAGUCCACGCAAAACACACCCACUCACACAGAACCUUUCAAAUUGUAUCCAUUAUUGUAGUGUUAAUAGUUGAAUGAGGCGCCCUGGUAGCCUGUAGUUUGACUCCAACAAGCUCGCUCCUUCCGCUUCACCGGCGCUGGAGUUUCUUAACCGCCGGAAGCUACUUCCGCCGGCUUCGAUGCUCCGGCUUCGGUCGAGCAGAAGGGAGGGACUUGUUGGAGUCCAACUACAGGACGCUGGGGCCCUUGAGAACAGAAUGAGCGAAUGAGUCCACGCAAAACACACCCACUCACACAGAACCUUUCAAAUUGUAUCCAUUAUUGUAGUGUUAAUAGUUGAAUGAGGCGCCCUGGUAGCCUGUAGUUUGACUCCAACAAGCUCGCUCCUUCCGCUUCACCGGCGCUGGAGUUUCUUAACCGCCGGAAGCUACUUCCGCCGGCUUCGAUGCUCCGGCUUCGGUCGAGCAGAAGGGAGGGACUUGUUGGAGUCCAACUACAGGACGCUGGGGCCCUUGAGAACAGAAUGAGCGAAUGAGUCCACGCAAAACACACCCACUCACACAGAACCUUUCAAAUUGUAUCCAUUAUUGUAGUGUUAAUAGUUGAAUGAGGCGCCCUGGUAGCCUGUAGUUUGACUCCAACAAGCUCGCUCCUUCCGCUUCACCGGCGCUGGAGUUUCUUAACCGCCGGAAGCUACUUCCGCCGGCUUCGAUGCUCCGGUUUCGGUCGAGCAGAAGGGAGGGACUUGUUGGAGUCCAACUACAGGACACUGGGGCCCUUGAGAACAGAAUGAGCGAAUGAGUCCACGCAAAACACACCCACUCACACAGAACCUUACAAAUUGUAUCCAUUAUUGUAGUGUUAAUAGUUGAAUGAGGCGCCCUGGUAGCCUGUAGUUUGACUCCAACAAGCUCGCUCCUUCCGCUUCACCGGCGCUGGAGUUUCUUAACCGCCGGAAGCUCCUUCCGCCGGCUUCGAUGCUCCGGCUUCGGUCGAGCAGAAGGGAGGGACUUGUUGGAGUCCAACUACAGGACGCUGGGGCCCUUGAGAACAGAAUGAGCGAAUGAGUCCACGCAAAACACACCCACUCACACAGAACCUUUCAAAUUGUAUCCAUUAUUGUAGUGUUAAUAGUUGAAUGAGGCGCCCUGGUAGCCUGUAGUUUGACUCCAACAAGCUCGCUCCUUCCGCUUCACCGGCGCUGGAGUUUCUUAACCGCCGGAAGCUACUUCCGCCGGCUUCGAUGCUCCGGCUUCGGUCGAGCAGAAGGGAGGGACUUGUUGGAGUCCAACUACAGGACACUGGGGCCCUUGAGAACAGAAUGAGCGAAUGAGUCAAUGAGUCCAAGCAAAACACACCCACUCACACAGAACCUUACAAAUUGUAUCCAUUAUUGUAGUGUUAAUAGUUGAAUGAGGCGCCCUGGUAGCCUGUAGUUUGACUCCAACAAGCUCGCUCCUUCCGCUUCACCGGCGCUGGAGUUUCUUAACCGCCGGAAGCUACUUCCGCCGGCUUCGAUGCUCCGGUUUCUGUCGAGCAGAAGGGAGGGACUUGUUGGAGUCCAACUACAGGACACUGGGGCCCUUGAGAACAGAAUGAGCGAAUGAGUCCACGCAAAACACACCCACUCACACAGAACCUUUCAAAUUGUAUCCAUUAUUGUAGUGUUAAUAGUUGAAUGAGGCGCCCUGGUAGCCUGUAGUUUGACUCCAACAAGCUCGCUCCUUCCGCUUCACCGGCGCUGGAGUUUCUUAACCGCCGGAAGCUCCUUCCGCCGGCUUCGAUGCUCCGGCUUCGGUCGAGCAGAAGGGAGGGACUUGUUGGAGUCCAACUACAGGACACUGGGGCCCUUGAGAACAGAAUGAGCGAAUGAGUCAAUGAGUCCAAGCAAAACACACCCACUCACACAGAACCUUACAAAUUGUAUCCAUUAUUGUAGUGUUAAUAGUUGAAUGAGGCGCCCUGGUAGCCUGUAGUUUGACUCCAACAAGCUCGCUCCUUCCGCUUCACCGGCGCUGGAGUUUCUUAACCGCCGGAAGCUACUUCCGCCGGCUUCGAUGCUCCGGCUUCGGUCGAGCAGAAGGGAGGGACUUGUUGGAGUCCAACUACAGGACACUGGGGCCCUUGAGAACAGAAUGAGCGAAUGAGAACCUUACAAAUUGUAUCCAUUAUUAAUAGUGUUAAUAGUUAAAUGAAGCGCCCAGGUAGCCUGUAGUUUGACACACACACACACACA